AUGAAGGACUUUAAGGAUUUGGGAACUUUAACCUCAGGACAACUUGCCCUGAAUAUUCUGGCAUUGACAGCUGCCUGCCAGACAAACUUUGUAACUGAAUACAAACUGGUCAAAAACCUGGAAGAGAAGUUCCAAGAGGAAAUAGACAGUUUAGAUACCUCUGGCCACCCACUGACUAACUACUACCAGCUUGGCUUGGAUGUCUUGGCUUUGUGUCUUCUAAAUGGAACCUAUUCAUCCUCCAAAAUUGCUGAGCUCUUCUCUGCAGAGCAAAUGAAGAGUUAUAUUAGUGGUCGGUUCUCUGUGGACACUGGGGCACUUGCAGUCCUGGCUCUGACUUGUGUGAACAGGCAAAGCCCAGAUAAAAUUAUCAGUAAAAAUAUAUUAGGGCUUGUGGAGAAGAUCCUGAAGGAGAAAAAACAAGAUGGCACCAUUGGAAAUAUCUAUAGUACGGGAGAAGCCAUGCAGGCCCUUUUUGUGACUCCAGAGUAUUAUAAGAAAGAAGACUGGGACUGCAAUCAGACUCUCAAAACCGUGCUAAGCCAGAUUCCUCGAGGAACAUUCGGCUUGCCCAUCGCUGCAGCCCAGGUGUUGCCUGCCCUGGAGGGCAAGUCGUACUUGGACAUUACCCAUGUUUCCUGUCAGUCCAGACAAGGUCACCUCAACAUCUCCACCCCAAAACCUACAGAACCCACUCACCAAUCCAAGAAUAUCUCAGUCACUUACAGUGUAGUGGAUUCCAUCAAUAACAACAUUAAUGAAUCCACCAUCGUCUCAGUGCCAAAGGAUUCUGUCUUCCUGAAGGUGAUGGAGGCGGCUCAAACCAAAAACUACGCCAAAUUUCGGUUCACAACGGAGUCAGGUCAAUGGGGACCAUAUGUCACCUCUGUUCAUGGUAUUCAGGCCAGCAGUAAAAACAGAACCUACUGGCAGCUCCUGAGUAAUCAUCAACCACUGGACCAAGGAGCUGGGACCUUUGUAGUGUCUGAUGGCGACAACCUGGAGGUCAGGCUGAGUCAAUAUUGAGGGAAGAGAUAUUGGAAGAGUCAUCCAACUACAAUAUCCAACCUUUCUACCUGUGGAGUCCACCCUAGGAUUCCUUGGAGAAAUAGAAGACCCCUUGCCUUUCUCCUCACUCAUCUCAGCCCCUUUGGGAGGCAGCUUUGUCCUUUCUCUCUCUCUCUCUCUCUCUCUCUCUCUCUCUCUCUCUCUCUCUCUCUCUCUCUCUCCCCUUACACAAUAAAAAUUCAACAGAA